CACCGGUCUGUCCCCUGUCGACGAUGUCGCUCAAGGAGAAGGCCAACGCUCUCAGACGGGAUGUCGAUCGCCUUCUAGCAGCAGGGGGUGACUUCGCGAUCCCAAUUCUCCGAGCCAUCAAUGCUGCAUCCGAUGCAUUCCCUCCCCUAAAAGGUCCCACUAGCGCCACCCUCUUCAUCUUUGGCGAGAUCCAAAAGUUCAAGUCGGAUAGGAAAGAAUGGAAGGAAUUUGGGAAAUAUUUGGUUGAUGUUGUAGCAAAAGUACUAGCGGCCAUCGAAUCCUAUGACACUUCAACGGAAGAGGCAAAACCUUGGCUAGAGAAUGUCAAAGAGCUGAACGACGCGCUAAACCAGAUCGUCGCCGAAAUCGUACCAAUCCUCACAAAAAUGAAGAAGCGGUACGCUGUUACCAACUACCUCUCAGAGUUGAAGGAUUCGGACAGGAUUGAUGACUUCAAGAAAGUCCUCGAUAAAGCGUUGGCAUCAUUUCAGCUGAGAUUUAGCCUAACGACUGGUGCCAAACUAACAGACAUAGUAAAUAACCAAAGCCGUUCAGAGAGUGACUCAGUUCUGAGCGAACUGCGAUAUCCGAUCAUCGCCCAUCAUGACCCAGCUGAGGCGUGCCUGGAGGGCACCCGAACACGUCUUAUCGACUGUAUCAUGAGCUGGUGUCGCAACAUGGAGGACGACACGAAACGGGUGAUGCUGUUGACAGCUGUGGCCGGCGCUGGCAAGACAUCCGUUGCCCAUUCAAUCGCGGCGAAGUGCGAGAGCGAAGGGUUACUGUUGUUGACCUUUUUCUUCAAAGCCGGCGAGCAGUCACGGCCAGAUCACCUAUUCAGUGGCAUGGCUCGAUCUCUAGCAAAGCGCGAUCCCUCAUACUGUGCCUCCAUCACAUCCAUUCUUAGGGAUGAUCCAACCCUCGCGACUGCAUCUUUCUCGGUACAAUUCGAGAGGCUCGUGGCUGGACCUCUCCGUUGGAGGGCUUUCGGCGAUCCCGUGGUGGUAAUUGUUGAUGCUUUGGACGAGUGUGAGCCGGGAGACUUCGAACGCCUUGCCGAUAUAUUUCGAAAAGAAGCACCAAAAUUACCAUCCAACAUCAAGUUCUUUGUCACGUCAAGACCAACUUACCUCGUGAAUUGUCUCCUCUCACCCAAUUUUCCCAUCGACCGGUCCGGCAUAGAUAUCCUGGAUAAUGCCAAUAAACAAGACUGCUCUGUUUACGUCCGCAUGCAGCUGCAUCGUCUAAAGGGUGAUCGUUCUGGUUGCGAAGACGGAUUCGAGGAAGAAGAUUCAUUGGUUGAAGACAUAUCGGAAAAAGCUGGUGGCUUGUUCAUCUGGAUCAGCACUGUCUUCCGUUAUGUGAGGCUGCUCAACACAGGUACCUCUCGAUCAACAGAUUCUCCUGAAGGAGUGAUGGGUAUGCUGUAUAUGACCAUCUUGGAUAAAUGUGGCUGGGGAGAGGAGGAUUUCGUGCAUGACUAUCCCAUCGUUAUGGGGGCGAUCCUGAUUGCCGAACAACCGCUGUCUAUUGCGGCAUGGGAUGCAAUUUUGUCACCGUUCUUAAACUCUUCCGUCCGCGACACGUUGGUUGAACUUGCUUCCCUCUUAUUAGGGGUCCCCAAUUCCGACACACCGAUCCGCAUCAUUCAUCAGUCGUUCCGCGAGUUUCUCACAAGCCAAAUCGGUCCUGAAUCACUUGAUCAUCGUUACAUGGUGGAUAUGAGAAGGGUGAAUGCCACAAUGGCCCUGCGCUGUACCGAGAUCUUGAAUAAGGAUCUUUGCUGUGUGGAGGGUUUGGGGCUGAUCGAAUAUUUGGGCCAAAAGGAUGAACUCCCGCGCAUCCCUCAAGAGAUGCUGUCGGAACAACUCCGUUACUCAUGUCGGUACACCGUGUGCCACCUCAAUAAAGUUCAGGAGCCACUAGAGGUGCUCAGUGGAUCGUGGGCUAAGGUAUGGAAUAUCAGUGAGGCUUAUGAGGGAUUCUUAUUCAGUCUUGUUCACUUUCAGUUGAGUGUUGAUCGGAAUUCAAAGAAAGACAUUCAUGAGUUGAUCCAAGUACUUGACGAAGUGAGACAGAAUCUGGCAUUCUUUUCAAGAUUUCAGGAGGCACAUGAGUUGGCAAAAGAUUCCGUAACCCUCUGCCGUUGCCUCGUGUCAGCGGACUCAGAGUCCUACACCCCAGAUUUGGCUGAAUUACUCAACAAUCUUAUGAUAUCAUUGGAUGAUCUGGGACGUCAUUCCGAGGCACUCCCGGUGAUGGAAGAAAGUGUCAAGCUGUGGCGUGAGCUUCUGCGGCGCGCGCUCGUUGCUGUUGAUCCAACAUACACCCCAAAUUUGGCUCGAUCGCUCAACAGUCUUAAUAUAUCAUUGGAUGAUCUGGGACGUUAUUCCGAGGCACUCCCAGUGAUUGAAGAAAGUGUCAAGCUCUGGCGCGAGCUUGUUGUUGUUCAUCCCACAUCAUACACCCCAGAUUUGGCUCGAUCGCUCCGCAGUCUUUACAUAUCACUGGAAAUCUGGGACUCUUUACAUAUCACUGGGAAAUCUGGGACGUUAUUCCGAGCACUCCCAGUGAUUGAAGAAAGUGUCAAGCUCUGGCGCGAGCUUGUUGCUGUUCAUCCCACAUCAUACACCCCAGAUUUGGCUCGAUCGCUCAACAGUCUUAAUAUAUCAUUGGAUGAUCUGGGACGUUAUUCCGAGGCACUCCCAGUGAUUGAAGAAAGUGUCAAGCUCUGGCGCGAGCUUGUUGUUGUUCAUCCCACAUCAUACACCCCAGACUUGGCUCGAUCGCUCAACAGUCUUAAUAUAUCAUUGAAAAUCUGGGACGUCAUUCCGAGGCCUCCCAGUGAUGAAGAAAGUGUCAAGCUCUGGCAUAUCUUUGGACAAUCUGGGCAUCAUUCCGAUGCACUCCCAGUGAUCGAAGAGAGUGUCAAGCUCCGGCACGAGCUCGUUGCUAUUCAUCCCACGUCAUACAACCCAGAUUUGGCUCAAUCACUCCACAAUCUUGCUCUCUCAUUCGAUUACCUUGAUUGUCCCGCUAAAGCAGUGCCCUUCAUCGAAGAAUCCAUUUCUCUUUGGCGUUCUCUACACAUUACUCAUCCGACCUCAUAUGCCGCUGAUUUAGCCUGGGCAUUGCGGGAUCUAUCCAAGAUACUUUCACGCGCGGGGCGCUAUGCAGAAGCAUUCGAUAUGCUUCGUUCUGAAUACCCUGACAUCUAUGCAAAUUAUCUUCGGAGUUAUAUGCCGGGUCAUGAGUUAGCGGAUAUACGCACACUCAUGCAGAAUUUAUGAACAUGCCUCUACGCAACGGAGUCUAGCUGCGCGUCUGCGCCACAGCUAACACGAAUCAUUUUCCUCAUUCUUUCACUGGCCAUAUAUUCAAGCACGAACCCAUAGCCAACCUCACCUCUCUUCGCGAUGUUCUCUGA